AUGCCAGCUGAUCGCUGGCAGUCCAUAGACGGCUUGGUCUCUGUCGGAGGCGACGGUCUCUUCAACGAGUUACUCUCUGGUGCUCUCUUACGUACUCAAAAAGAUGCGGGAACAAAUAUCGAUGAUCCGGAUACGGAGCAUCUGCAGACUCCUCAUAUCAGAUUCGGUAUCAUUGGUGCUGGAUCAGCGAAUUCCAUUGUUAGUACUGUACAUGAGACGACUGAUUAUGCGACUGCAGCAGUGCACAUCGCCAUCGGUUCGGAGUGUAAUGUGGACGUGUGUACGGUACACCAGAACGACCACUUGAUACGAAUCUCGGCCAAUGCAAUCUCGUACGGUUGGCUGGGCGAUGUGCUUAAAGACUCUGAGCGUUACCGAUGUCUAGGUCCUAUACGGUACCAAUGGAGCGCUCUGCGAACCACAAUUCGUCAUCCAAUCUAUCGAGGAAAAGUGUCAUUCUCGCUGUCACGAAAAGAAACUGAAGAUCCCAAAGCAGUGCUACCCGCCUUGCAUUAA